UACAAUCAGUGACAACGUCCUAAGAGUCGUCAUGAUAGCGCAGAUUCUCAUUAUUGUAUUUGUUAUUUGUUAUCUUAUAUACCAUGUUUCAAAAAGAGAAUUCGAUUAUUGGAAGAAAUGGAACAUACCGUACAGCAAACCGUUACCUUUCGUUGGUAAUUACGGGGAAUAUAUAUGCCUGAGGAAGUUUAUGGGGCUAGUUGCGCAGGAGAUUUGUCAAAAAUACCCCAAGGCACCGUACGUAGGAGCAUUCUUUGGAUGUAAACCCACACUUAUGGUUCAGGAUCCUGAUGUUAUAAAACUGAUCAUGGCAAAGGACUUUUACUAUUUCAACAGCAGAGAAAUAGCAGAUUACGCGCACAAAGAACUUAUUACAAGAAACUUGUUCUUCAGCUAUGGAGAUCGGUGGAAAUUAUUACGGCAGAAUCUGACACCGUUAUUCUCAUCAGCAAAAAUUAAAAACAUGUUCUAUUUGAUAGAGAAGUGUGCGCAUGAGUUCGAAAACUUGCUCGAUUAUGAAUGUCAACAAAACAAUGUUAUAAAGGUGAGAGCUCUAAUGUCAAGAUUUACUAUGGACUGCAUUGGCGAAUGCAUAUUUGGCGUCGAAACAAGAACAAUGGAAAGAAACUCCGAGAAUAAUCCUUUCACUAUUAUGGGGGAACUGAUAUUCAAGGACACAAAUUACAGAGGAUUCAAACAAAUUGCACGAUCAGCGUGGCCGUCGGUCUUCUAUGGUAUAGGACUUAAAAACUUUCCAGAUGAUAUUGUUAGUUUUUUCCACAAACUAAUGACAGACGUAUUUGCUGGACGCCAAUAUAAACCAACGUCGAGAAAUGACUUUGUCGAUCUAAUUCUAAACUUGAAACAGAAAAAUUACAUAACCGGGGAUGGAAUAAAGAACUCUAAAGGGGAUCAAACCAAAAUAAGUCAAAAGGUGGACGAUGAUUUUCUAGUGUCUCAAUGUAUUGGCAUAUUUGCAGCAGGUUACGAAACUUCAGCGACGACUUUACAUUAUACAUUGUAUGAAUUUGCAAAAAAUGAAGAGAUUCAAAACCGAGCUAUACAAGAAAUAGACGAAUAUUUAAAAAGGAAUAACAAUAAGAUUGGUUAUGGAUGCACUACUGAAUUGCCAUUCCUUGAGGCGUGUAUUGAUGAAACACUUCGCUUGUAUCCAGUUCUCAGCGUUAUUACCCGAGAGGUUGUUGAAAAAUACACAUUACCUUGCGGUGCAGUAUUAGAUAAAGGAGUACGUGUACAUAUACCAGUCUAUCAUAUGCAUCAUAAUCCUGAAUAUUUUGAAAACCCCGAAGAGUAUAAGCCUGACAGAUUUUUGGGCGAUGCAAAACGUGAUAUCAGACAGUAUGCUUAUCUACCUUUUGGUGAAGGACCUCGUAUUUGCAUAGGAAUGCGUUUUUCAAGGAUGCAGAUAAUACCUGGCAUAAUCACAGUUCUGAAGAAAUACAGCGUGAGACUAACAGAAGAUACUCCUCUUAAAUUAGAGUUUGGUGCCAACACACUUGUAACUCAGCCCAUACAGGAGAUUAAACUAAGAUUCAUUGAAAGAGAAGGAUGGGUUGAUCGUUUAUUAGUAUACGGCGAGGAUAAUAUAACUAAUUAAGUUAAUGUAGAAAAAACUAAAUGUGUUGAAAUUUAAAUAAUGAUUUAUGCAUCUAUCUAUUAUGAAGAAGUAUAGCGUAAGAUUAACAGAAGAUACUUCACUAAAAUUAGAGUUUAUAUAUCUAUCCUGAAGAAGUAUAGCGUGAGAAUAACAGAAGAUACUUCACUAAAAUUAGAGUAUAUAUAUGUAUCCUGAAGAAGUAUAGCGUGAGAAUAACAGAAGAUACUUCACUAACAUUAGAGUUCAUAUAUAUAUCCUGAAGAAAUAUAGCGUGAGAAUAACAGAACA